CGCUCCGGCCUCGGCCUUUCCCAGCUGGGUGUCCCGGGGCGUGCGCCACCCACGGCGACCGUGGGUCAGUGAGGGCCUGCACCCUUGCCCGCUUGUGACAACCGGUCGGGGCCCGGUGGCGCGUCGGGGGCGAGGAGCAGCGACAGGGCCCGGCCGCUUCGCCCCGAUCCUAGCGGGCGUUCAUCGGAGCGCGGCGCGUUGCCCGUUGCGCACCGGAUGGCGGAGCCGCCGCUGCCGGCCCUGCGCGCACGUGCCCGCCCCGCCCCUCCCGGUCGGCGCGCGCCGCCGGGGACCCGGAAGCACUUUCCCUCGGUGGGGACAGCUCAGCAGCGGGUGCGCGGCGGCGGUUCUGUCUCAGCCCCAGCCCGGGCCCCGGUGCCCGCCGCUCUCCGCCCGCUCCGCGGCCCCCCCCGGCCGCCCCCGAGCUGUCGCUGUCCUGCUGCUGCUCCGCCGCCGUCUCCAACUCCUCAUGAAGCCCGUCGUCGUUUUCGUCCUCGGCGGGCCCGGGGCGGGCAAGGGGACGCAGUGCGCUCGCAUCGUGGAGAAAUAUGGCUACACGCACCUUUCUGCCGGUGACCUCCUUCGAGAUGAACGGAAAAGGCCGGGCUCACAGUAUGGAGAGCUCAUCGAGAACUACAUUAAGGAGGGGGAAAUUGUACCAGUUGAAAUAACAAUCAGCUUGCUGAAGAGGGCUAUGGAUCAAACAAUGGCUGCCAAUUCCCAGAAGAACAAGUUCUUAAUUGAUGGAUUUCCCAGGAAUGAAGAUAAUCUUCAAGGCUGGAAUAAGACUAUGGAUGGAAAGGCGGAUGUUUCUUUUGUUCUCUUUUUUGAUUGUGACAAUGAGAUAUGUAUUGGCCGCUGUCUUGAAAGAGGCAAGAGCAGUGGUAGGAGUGAUGAUAAUCGGGAGAGUCUGGAAAAGAGAAUUCAUACAUAUCUGCAGUCUACCAGGCCUAUAAUAGAUUUGUAUGAGAGAAUGGGAAAAGUCAGAAAAGUGGAUGCAUCGAAAUCUGUUGAUGAAGUUUUUGAAAAAGUCGUACAAAUUUUCGACAAAGAAGGCUAAUGCCCAGCUUGAACGUGCAUUUCAACUCGUGCUUGAAUCUUGCUUGAAUAGCUGCCCCUGCAGUCCACUCUUUGUAAUUGUUUUAAAAGAUUUUUUUAAUUGGUUUUCACAUAUCUAAUGAGGAUUGGGAAAGCAGUUAAUUACAAAUGGAUCUGUUUCUUAAAUAGGAAAUUUCUUGUGGCUACGAUGUACAAAUUUCAGGGUUCUUGAUUAGUACAAGUUCAGUUUCUCACAUGGCAAAACCACAGUUGAAAUGUCUUUCUGAAGGGACUAUUUAUUCUGUGCCUAUCGUGGGCAGCCCUUAUUCCUUAUUGCCAUACACUUUUUUGUUUUAAGGAUAACUAAAGAUCAUCAUUAAGCAAUGAGGGACGUGCAUGCCCUUGGUUGGUUUUUGGAUGCUUGGACCAAAUUUAGCAGAAAUUUUUCAGACAAUUUUGUCAAAGUUCCCUGUUGUCCCCAAACCUGAAUUCUCUACUGUUAGUAUGAGAAUCUGCUUUAGCAGUUCUCACAAAACCAUUUAAUAUGCUGUUCAGCAACAGGUUGACAAAGUAUGAGAAGUGGUGCUUUCGUAUGACUCUGGAUAUAAACUGUCUUUUAAGUUCUCGAGUACCUGGCUGACAUGGCCCUGGCCUUUACCUUGUCUUUAUUUGCAAAAGCUUGAGACUAUCAUUUCAGUCAGGCCAGUAUUUCCAUACUCAUGUAUUUAAAAUGAGAGUUAUAUUCUUAAUUACAGCACGGUCUUCACAAGAUUGCGAAACUCUUCAAUAGUGUAAAAUAACAGUUCUUUUUUAACAAGUGGAAGGGAUUCUCUGUAUUAUUAUUGAAAUACUGUGUUACCAAAUGCUUUAAGGUUUGUUACCUGGGGAAAUAUUUUUAUGGUGAAACUAGUGAAUUGGUUUCCCUGAAGUUGUGUUAUUUUAAUAGCUGUUUGUUUGAAAAGAUUGUAAAUUAUUGCACUUUUGUUACCAUGGGGUCAGCUGAGGGGAAGACACCCGCAGAAAAAAAGUUCCAUUCCCUUAAAUAAAUUGGGUUGUGCUUCAUCACGUUCUCUUGAAUUAGCCAAGUACAGUCAAGACAAGUGGUUGGGAUAAGCGACCAGAUGAAACAAACUGGUUUAAAUGUUUGCACAGAUGUGGUGUAAUUCUGCCUUCUGUUUAAAGUAACCUUUUCUCUCCCCUAUAUACUAUGCAUAGGUCUGGGGGGGCCCAACUGUGCAUUCCUUGCAUGCCCUAAGCUCUCACUGAAGAAGGCUCCAGAAGGCUUGAAGAUGAGUGUUUUAACUAAUUUUAGUGAUAGAAUGGUUCUUCCUACAGCAACUGACACUGUAAUUGGUUUGCGAUAUACUAAUAGAUGUUGGAAAUCACAGGGAAUUGCAAUUUGGGCGUCAGCUUUUCUUCAGUGAUGGUUUUCUCUAAGAAAAGCUUUAAAUAAAGCCUGGCUUCUAAUGAGAAUCAGACGCCUUGGUCCUCAUCCUGCAAUCCGAUCUGUGCGGGAAGGGUUGUAUUUGCAGGAAUUCUCAGCUCGCUGAGGUUCCUGAGGCUCCUGCACUGGGAUGCAGAAACAAAGGGUGAACUACAGUCUCUUUUCCACUAUGGUAGGAGCUCAAAGGAUGGACCGAGCACAAAUGGCCUCUUACCGCUGCACAAUAUACGGACCACGGCUACUUUAGUGAGCGUGGGAGGUUAAUGCUUUCGCUUUGUGAAUUUCCCCUUAAAAAUGAAAUCAUGGCAUUGAAUUCUUAUUGUAUAAGUGUGCUGACAUAGAAUAGGAUCUGGCAAAACUACGUGUUUUGAUAUGAAGGUUAAAAUCAGGAUUUUUUCCAAACAGACCUCAAACUGGAUUCUUUAAUCUACUUAGAGAGAUUUAAUUAUCUUUUGUUUUUAAGUUACUGCUUUUUACAAGUUCUGUUCAGAAUCGAGUAUCUGUUUUCUCUCAUCAUAUACUUUUCUGUGUAUUUAAGCGCUGAAACAAACAAAAAAACGCCUUCGGACAAGUUUUUAGAACAAAAUGUUUUGGCAAUAUCGAAUUUGGAGUGGAUUGUAAUGUGUCUGUGCGAAGACUAGAUUUUUUGGGUCAUUUUAUUUAUUGAAGAUGCCAUUAAAUGUGUUACCAAUUCUUUCAAGUUGGACUUAGGAUUGAAAUAAAGAUUAAAGGCAACAUGCCGCUGUGUUGUGUCUGUUUAGCAGCAAAACUGUACAAAGAAUUUGAGAAGAUACAAUAAACUUUGUUCUGUGGCUUAA